AUGUCAAGGGCUCCGAUCCUUAUCAAAGAUCUGGUCAAGGGAAACCAGAUUUGGAAAAUGGCUAUUAGGGUUGUUGAUUUGUGGACUGUUACUGAAAAAAAUGGUUAUCAGCACAUUGAAAUGGUCAUUCAAGAUGGAGAGGGUGAUAAGAUUCAUGUCACCACCAGGAAUAGAGACUUCAACGAUUGGGUUCAACAAGUCAAGGAGCAUGACACUUUUUUUCUGUAUAAUGGAGAACCUGUUGACAACGAUGCCCCUUUGAAAGUUUGCUCUAACCCACUCAAGCUCGUCUUCAACGGAGGAACUACGAUGACGAGUGUCGCCAUACCCGGAAUACCAACUCACAAAUUCUGUUUUCACCCGAUUGAAAACUUUCUCAAAGGGAACUUCAAACAUGACUUGCUAUAUGAUGUCAUUGGAGUGUUGCAAGAUGUUGUUAAGACCCAACAUGGAGGUGGUGGUAGAAAAUCUUGCGUCAACGUCACUUUACGUGAUGUCGAAGGAAAUAUCAUUGAGCUGGUCUUAUGGGAUGAUUACGGCAAGCAAUUCAUGAACUACACUACCCCGGAUAACAUUUCUGGGCCUACUAUUGUCAUACUGACACAUGCCUGGUGCAAGCCAAAUACAGUUUCCGGUUUCCCGUGUCUAUCCAAUGCAUGGAACGGCUCAAGGCUUUACAUAAACUUGGAGCAUCCACAAGUCGACGAAUUCAAAGCUAGUUUUGGAGCAACUGCUUUGUCCAAUAUACCUGCCCUUUCCCAAUCACUAACCUGUGAUUCAACCAUUCAACCUGCUAACAACUUCUGGACUGGCUUGGGUGAGGUCAAGAGUAUCCAAGCAAUCUCUGAUUUGGGAAAGGAUUGUUAUGCAACUACGAUUGGGACUACCGUCGGUUUAAGAGCCUCCAAAAAUGGUUGGUAUUUUGAGUCAUGCACUGGAUCCUCUGGGAAUGCAAAUUCGGAACCUGUUACCAAAUUCAAAGUUGAAGUGGAGGUAGUAUAUGAUGGACACAAGGGGAUCUUUGUUUUUUGGGAUAAGGAUUGUAUUCCUUAUACUAAACUGACUGCUAAGGAAAUUAGAGAAGUUAUGAAGACGGCUGGAGAGGACAACCCAAAGAUUUGGCCUGCUCAACUCGAUGUCUUGCUGAAUAGAGAACUCGCCUUUCGUAUCAAGUAUCAAUCACAAUACCGGCAAUUCUCAGUCGUGAAAAUACUUAAUGAGGAAGACCUUUACAACAAGUUUCACAACUACCUCACCACCAAUCAGAAUCCAACCAAUCCUCCUGUUCUAGAAAAUUCCACCAACGCUCCUAAUACAAACCAAGCCUCACAAACAUCUGAACAAUCUCUUUGCGCUAGAGCUGACUCGGCUGCUAACCAUACUUCGAGUCCAGAAGCAAGCUCCAACACCACUCCUGCCAAGAGGAUUGCUAUGUCAACAUCGGUUAAUGAUAUCAUACUGGCUGAAGAACUCACUCCUAAGCAAUCGGCCACAAAACCCAAGCCUGGAAAGAAGAUUAAGCACUUGAAGAAGGAGUAA